AUGAACGACCAAACAGACCGGAAAGUCAUUGCCAAACAGUCGGGUGUUUCGGGUAGUCUGACCCCAAAAUAUCGGAUAUUUUUGACGAUAGCCCUCGUUGUGUCUUAUCUUUUAUAUGCAUUUAACAACUAUAUUAUUGGCCAAACAUUGAAGGACUUGCAAGAUAUCUAUCGGUGCACUUAUGAACAGAUAUCCAAUAUUAAUACAAUCAGGGCGUUUGCUUAUGCCGUGGGAUCAAUUAAUGGAUUCGCUUUUGACGUAAUCAACAGACAGCUGUCACUAAUGAUAAUUCAUGUCCUGAUUGGUCUGACAAUGAUAUUGACACCGUUUUAUCAUUACUUAUCGUUGUUAUACAUUAACAAUGUGGUCAACGGUUUCCUGAGCGGCGGUAUUGAACUCCUACUAAACGUAUGGACAGUAGAAAUGUGGGCCCAAGACUGCGGUCCAUAUAUACAGGCCGUACACUUUGGCGGCAGUGUUGCCGGUCUGAUAACGCCCCAGAUUUUCGGAUCAUUUCUAGAGGAAAAAAUUCAAAAAACACUGCCAAACAAUACAACGGGUCCGGCAAUGGAUGGUCAGGUCACCGAAACUAUAAUCAUUAGACCGUCGACAAUACAUAUACCGUACGGCGUAUUGGGCGGUAUAUCGGUAGCGUUUGGCCUGUUUAUUGGCUGCACGUAUUUCUAUCGUAAAUAUGAGCGCCGAGUUGUUGUCCACAACAACAACAACAACAUCAAAAAUACAGUCGACGGUAAAAGUAAUUGGCGACAACGGUUCACAAUUGUGACCUGUGGUCAAUCAUCAUCGGAAUCGCUGAUGUUGGCCAUUGUUUUGCUGUGCGGCUAUAUUGUAUCGCUGGCGUUGACCAUACAGUGGGCACAAUUCACUUAUAUACCCACGUAUGUUGAGGACUCAAAACUAAAGUUAAGCGUCGAUAUGGCCGUCGAAAUGUCCACUGUAUUGGGCGGUGCACUGGUUGCCGGUCGGAUAGCCGGUAUGAUUAUAUCCAGGUUUGUCAACUCGAAACUGAUUGCCAUAUUAUUUCUGGUCAUUUUGUUUGUCGCCGAAAUACUGUACAUUAUAUUCACAAAUAUCGGCCCGACUGGAGUCUGGGUGGCCAACGUUGUCUUCGGUAUCGGUUUGGGACCCAUGCAAGCCGUCGGCUAUCAGAUUGUCGAAAUGGUAACACCGGUAACCAAUAUGAUUGGUGUACUCUAUAUAUUUAUGAGCGGACUGAUAGCCGCCAUUACCCCGAUAAUUAUGAGCCGAUUUAUCUAUACGGAUGUGUUUACACUGGUCUAUGUUAACCUAUUUUUCAUUUUGACGGGUCUGAUAGUAGUGGCCAUUGUCUGGUGGUUGAUCUACAAAAAUAAUGACAACAAAUCCAACUAUAAUAUGCAAACUAAAGCUAACAAUUUUACUAAAACAGAUAUAGUUAUGGUGGCACCGGUAGUAUCUAUACUAGAAGUAUCAUAA